CCCGCAAGCCGCUCCGAUCUCAGAUCACAAAGAGACAGGGUUGGGACGGUUGGGAGCCAAAAAACGGAAGAACAGAAGCACACCUUGUUUUUCCUUCAACAUGCCUUACACUUGCAACAACUGUAAAAGUCACGUGGAGACCAGAUACCAUUGUACAGUUUGUGAUGAUUUCGAUUUAUGUGUAAAUUGUAAAGAUAAGGACGGUCAUCCACACCCGAUGGAAAAACUUGGCUUUGCUUUGGAUAAUGGCUCUCCGCCUGCGGAUGCGGAACAAACCAAUCCACAGGAGCCCAGGGAAUUAAGGAUAGGUGGAAAGGAAAGGUGGAUUCAAGAUUCAAUCAUUGGUGCAUGCCUGCCAGUGCAGAGAUGCUAA